ACCGAGAAGUACAAGUCUCGUAUUCAGCCCCUCUGUUUUUCAUUCACGAAACUAGAGUCGAAGUUAAACUAUUUUUCUUUGUGUCUCGGCUUGUUCUUUGAUCUGCUCUAUGAAACAUGUCUAUUACGGAAGAACCAAAUCGUUCAUUGCUUCGAGAGGAAGUAGGAACUAGCAGAGGGAAAGAUAGAAUAAGCUUAUUACAUGACUCCUUGCUAUGUCAUAUACUUAGCUUUAGAACGAGGAAGGAAGUUGUUUGGACAAGUGUCCUGUCUUCUAGAUGGAGAGAUCUUUGGAAAUGGGUUCCUAGAUUAGAACUAGACAGCUUCGAUUUCCCAAAUAAUAAAGCGUGUGUUUAUUUUAUCAACAAGUUUCUUCCAAAUGUCAAGAGCUUAAGUGAAUUCAAGCUAAUCAUUGGCUUUGAAAAAAAUGCAUGUCUUUACGAGCGGUGUCUCGGUAAAGUGAUGGAGUGCAACAUUCAACAUUUCAGUGUCGAGAAUGAUGGGGCCACUAAUAUACCUUUAACCCUUCUUAUGUGUCAGUCAUUGGUAUCCUUAAAGCUUUAUAACGUAAAGCUGAAUGAUUUUGCGUCUCUUACCCUACCAUGUCUCAAGAUUAUGGACUUAGACUUCGUAAUAUUUCCUCAUGAUGCGGUUCUUGAUACUCCGAGACUUGAACGCCUGAUUCUCAAAAAUUGCCAGUUCGAAAGCUUCGAGAUAAUAAGAAUGAGUGGCUCUGUCAAGGUCCAUAUUGAUGUUGACUUUCAGCAGAUGGGUGAUGACUUAUCAGAGAGAAAUAUCAUCUAUAAUUUUCUCAACAAUUUUUCAGCCGUGGGACAUAUGACACUCUCAGAUAGUACUCUUGAGUUAAUCUAUUGUCUCCGGGACAUGAACCCAUUACCCAAAUUUCAUGGCUUGACAAGUCUGCGUGCCACUAUAUGGUCAGAGGACUGUCUUAUAUUAUUGCCACUCCUUCUUGAGAGCUGCCCGAAUCUGAAAAGUCUGACCUUGGAAUUGAUUAAUUAUGAUAAUCCAGAGGCAGUGACAGAUAGUCUUUCCUGUGAGCUGUCGUUUUGUUCGGUAUCGUUUCUUGAAUACAUUGAAAUUGAAACCGCGAUCACGGAGCAAGCAACAGAACAGGAAGUGGUUAGAUACUUUCUAGGCAACGCUACAUUACUCAAGAAGCUCGUUCUACGUUUAAAUUUGUCUGACGGAGAGAAAUACGACCCUGUUCUUCUCAAACAACGCUUUGACUCUCCUAGGCGCUGUAAUUUGUGUCAGUUUGAAGUUUUAUUUAGGAUGUGCAAUCGAUAAAGAGUGUCAAUAUUUAUUGUUUUAAAAUCUUAAAAAAUUCUUUUGAUGCAUGAAUAUCAUUUUGAUCUUG